CAAAAGCUCACGGCACACGACCAAGACGAGAGAGCCUUUUGGGAAUAUGCAUGUUUGACUUUUUGUUUUUUCUUUUCUUUCUCAUACAUACAUAAAAAGUCCGAUCACAUUCUCGCUGGCGAUUAUCCCUUAUCUCUUGGCUCUAUUGUUCAGUUUUUCGCUCUUCGAAGCUCGCCUCUUUGCCCAUAUACCACGGUGAUCUGAGCUGUCGACAUAUCCUCAAGUCCCCUUGAGAAAUAUUGAUCUGAUACACCAUCUUUACGCCCUUGACUUUCACCAAGCAGCAGCAAAUUGUCAGCCAUGUCGCCCUCGGCCCCAAUGGCCAAGGUUCUCUCCACAGAGCCACUUGACCCGAAGGAGGCCAAAUGGACAGAGCUAGUCAAGCUCAACUACGCCGACCAGACGGGCGCCCACCGCACGUGGGAGUCGGCCGAGCGCACCACCCGGCCCGAGUCGUGCGGCGUGGACGGGGUCGGCAUCGUCGCCAUCCUGCGGUACCCAGAGGGCUGCAAACCUGCGCCGUCCUCGUCCUCGUCGUCCAGCAGUGGGAGUAGCAGUAGUACCGCCAACCAUGUGAACCACACCAAUGGAACCACUUACCACAAUGACAACAACAACACGGCGAGAAGAGAAGAAGAAGAAGAAGAACAACGACAAGACGAACAAGACGACGAACAAGACGAGGGCCCACUAGUCGUCCUCCAGAAACAGUACCGCCCGCCCAUAGACGCCAUCUGCAUCGAGUUCCCCGCCGGCCUGAUCGACGCGGGCGAGGACCCGGAGCAGGCGGCCCUGCGCGAGCUGCGCGAGGAGACGGGCUACCACGGCACCCUGCUGCCCAUGACCUCCGCCACCACCACGACAAGGGCCCCGACGACAAGGACACCGAUAAUGUUCAACGACCCGGGCUUCUGCAACACCAACCUCGUCAUGGUCCACGUCGACGUCGACAUGUCCCUGACCCAGAACCGGGACCCGAAGCCGGAACUCGAGGACGGCGAGUACAUUGACUGCUUCACCGUGCCCCUGGGCCGGCUGUGGCGCGAGUGUGUCCGGCUCGAGAGAGAAGGGUACGCGAUUGACGCCCGCGUCGGGGGCCUCGCCGAGGGGUGGGAGAUGGCGAGGGCGUUUGGGUUUGGGGCUGCUGGGAAGGUGAGGUGAGGUUAGGAGGCGGUGACAAAGCGUGAUGGAAAAGGGUCGGUUUGGCGGAAGGGGUGGAAGAGGCAAGAUGACAGGACUGCGGGGAGAAAAAGAACCUUUGGAAUAUGUGAAGGCGAGAGAACGUAGCCAGACGGGUUGGAUAUGAAGGCGUGGUGUCCGUGGGUGCUAGAUCAAGGAAAAAGAAAGAUGACCCUGCCUUCUCGGGACAAGCCAGUACCCAUGGGACGAAAAAGAUAUCACAGAGAGCUUCCGGUAUCUAUGUCCAAGGUAUGGAAAUGAAGGCUCGUGCGGCGAGGGUGAGCACGUCAUGUGAUACAUCUAGGCAUUACUUCCCUAAGGAAUGAUAUAUUUCGCGGUAAUCGGCACCCACAAUC